CACCUGAAGACCCCAGCUCGCGCAGACAGACUGAAAAUGGCAACCGACAGACCCUCGACCCCUCCUCCGCCAACAGGGGCUACCAAACCCGGCGACCUUCCCCGAGGCCCGCUCACCCCAGAACAGCUACGGCGCAUCGAAAUCAACCGCAUGAAAGCCAAAGCCAUCCGCGAACAACGCGACGCCGAAGCUCUUGCUGCAGCCGCUGCCGCACAACAACAACAACCCUUUAAAGGUCUCAAAAGAACCCACACCACCAUGACCACCACCACCAUCGCCCGCCCCCCAUCCACCGUCCGCGAUGCCACAGCAGCAGCAGAAACAAGGCCGCUGGACACCAUCCGCCCGGCCCGCAACUUCACUAAGUACGUCGACUACGACUUCUCGAAAAUGACCGACACGAAAGGCGGGUUCCUGACCGCCGAGGACGACCCGUACAACCGGGCGCUGCACGUGCGCGACGACACCACCGAACAAAAGCCGGCGAACAUGACGCAGCGCGAGUGGGAGCGACAGCAACUGUUGCGGACACUACAGAGAAACCGGACGGGGCCGUUCGAGCCUGGGUUGAGCGUGCUGGAUGAGAAGGCGACGCAGAAGGCGUGUCGGGAGUGUGGCAGUUUGGAGAUUGAUUGGAAGUGGGAGGAGGAGCUGAAGUGUCGGAUCUGUCAUGCGUGUAAGGAGAAGUUCCCCGAGAGGUAUAGUCUGUUAACGAAGACGGAGGCGAAGGAGGAUUAUCUGUUGACGGAUCCUGAACUCCGAGAUACCGAGCUGCUGCCGCAUCUUGAACGGCCCAACCCCCACAAGUCGACGUGGAAUAAUAUGAUGCUUUAUCUGCGGUAUCAGGUCGAGGAAUAUGCGUUCUCGGAUAAAAAGUGGGGAUCGCCCGAGGCGCUGGAUGCCGAGUUCGAGAAGCGCGAGAACGAGAAGAAGCGCCGGCGCGAGGCCAAGUUCAAGUCCAAGUUGCAAGACCUUAAAAAGCGCACGCGGGUGGAUGCCUACCGCCGCAAUCGCUUAGGGGCUGCCGGCGGCCAGUUUGGGGAUGAUUUGGGGACUGGGGGCCGGCAUGUGCAUCAGUGGGGCCGCUCGGUGGAGAAUCCCGAGACGGGCAUCGGGGUGAAGAAGUGUGUGGAUUGUGGGAUGGAGGUCGAGGAGUUGGAGUUUUAGCUUGUAUCCUAGGGGUAUAUUCUUAGAGAGUAGGUUGAUGCUAUGAGAUCAUGAUUCAAGACAAG